CAUUUCCCAUCUUCUCUCCUUAUUUCUCUCCCUCACUCCUAAAACUUAAAUUCACAUUUACAUAUAUUAGUUUUUUUUCAUUUAUAUAGUUUCCUCUCAUCUCAGAUCUUCUCUUUUCCACUGAUCUUUGGAUCAAGAAUCAAGUACUACUGUCUUACAUAAUCGACAUUAGAGCUCUUAUGGACCACGAUGGUUCGAACGACGAACCAGAAACGGUAUCGUGCGGCAACAGCAGUUGCAAGAGCAAGAUUGUUCCUGGAAAUGGAAGCAGCGGUCCGAAGAAAAGAAAAUCGCAGAAGACAAGAAAACGACGAGAAUUGAUGUCGUAUAGUGAGCUUCCGGAGUACAUGAAGGAUAAUGAAUAUAUAUUGAAUUAUUACAGAGCUGAAUGGUCCAUUAGAGAUGCUUUCUUCAGCGUCUUCAGUUUCCACAAUGAGUCCCUCAACGUUUGGACACAUUUACUUGGUUUCAUUUUAUUUGUGGGACUAACCGUCGCCAACAUUAUGCAUCACGAUAAAUUCUUCCCCGUGGAUGCAAAGAGUCCAGGGAAUGUAACAAGAUGGCCAUUUUUCGUUUUCUUAGGAGGCUCAAUGUUCUGCCUACUCUCAAGCAGUAUUUGCCACCUCUUCUGCUGCCACUCCAAAGAACUUAACGUCUUCCUCCUCCGCAUAGACUAUGCCGGCAUCACCGCCAUGAUCAUCACUUCUUUCUUCCCACCAAUCUACUACAUCUUCCAAUGCACUCCUCGUUGGUACUUCAUCUACCUCGCAGGCAUUACCUCUAUGGGAAUCUUUACGAUCAUCACACUCUUCACUCCAUCACUUUCCUCUCCCAAGUACCGAGGUUUUCGAGCUUUGCUCUUUGCCUCCAUGGGGCUUUUCGGGAUCGUGCCUGCUGUCCAUGCGAUAGUGGUCAACUGGGAAAACCCGCAAAGGAACGUGACGCUCAUGUACGAGCUGGGCAUGGCAGUGUUCUAUCUUGUUGGGACAGGGUUCUAUGUAGGGAGAGUACCUGAGAGGCUUAAACCUGGUUGGUUUGACCGUGUGGGACAUAGUCAUCAGAUUUUCCAUGUGUUUGUUAUGUUGGGUGCUUUGUCCCACUAUGCAGCUGCUCUUCUGUUCUUAGACUGGCGCGACCAUGUUGGUUGUUAAACCAUGAUAUAUUCUGUUCCCGAAAGUAAGAUGUUUUAGAUUUUUUUCUUGUUCAACAAAGAUAGAUUUUUUUAUAUUGUUAAGGU